AAAUCUAAACCGUUAGAUCAAAUCCAAUGGAUGAAACGAUGUCCUCUCAAAAAUUAAUCCCCGUAUCUUUUCACAGGAAACUUUUUUCUCUUCAUCUUCCACAUUAAACUGCUGCAAUAUCACCUUUGCUCUGUUUGAUCGUUUUCUCUUCACCUAAGAGUAGCUUGCAUCUGGAUUUAUUUGGAGCGUGUUAUUACCAGAUCUUGAUCGAUGGCAAAAGAAUAGAGAAAGAGGAAACCAUCGUUUGAAACCCUAAAUUGGAGAUAGAAAACGAAAUCGAAUUGCACAGAGGAGUAGGACACUGAGAUUGAAGUGAACAACAGAUGAAUUGAAGAACGGACUGCUUGUCACUUGAAUUGAGUGUUUUUAUAUGCUCUGUUUUGGUCCUUUCUCCAUUCGUUUGCGACCUUCCCUGUGCGUUUUUACAUGUUUCCGACCACUGUCCUUGCAUCUCCGACCACCGUGUAUCUCGCCGUUGCAUCGCCGGUCACCGUGAAUAGCCUUCCAUGUUGGUGAUGGUGUCGUGGAAUCCAUAUUCGUGAGAAGCCUUCCAAGUUGGUGGUGGUUGAAGAAGGAAAUUGUUCAUGAGGGAUUUGUUUUAUUUAUUUUUUCAUUUUUAUUCUAUUUUAAAUUUUGAACCAUAAGAUUGAUCUAACAGUCAAAAUUUGGAGAAGGAGAGAGAAGGAGACAGAUGGUGAAGGAGAGAAUCCGGAUCCAGAUCUCAAAGCCUGCCUAGUACUGUUGGGCUUAUAUAUAAUGUUUGGGCCAACAAUCCAUUACUUCACGUGUAACACGCAAUUCGAGGUGACGACAGAAAACAGAAACGACACAAACACAACAUUACCACCAAAACAAAAGAAGACCAAGAAGAAGGAAAUCAAGGAAUUGACGAUGAAGAAUUUCCGUACAUCCAGUUUUUGUUAGAACAGAGUGAGUUUCAUCUUAAUCUUAAAUCGAUUCAUUGAUUACCCUAAAAUUAAACCACACAAUCACAUUCUUCUUAUUUUUCUUCACAAACUCUCACUCAUCAUUUUCUUUUAUCUUUUCCAUAUUUAUCUCUAAACACUCUCUCGAAUGUUCUAUUAACAACUGAUAAAUUUUCAAUUCAAUUAUCAGAUAUUGUUCCUUCCCUUUCUCAUCCUAACCCUAACGAACGAUUACCGUCAGAUUAAUCUUCAAUUGAGAAAUCCCUCACAUAUGGGCGAAGAGACACAACAACAACUUCAACCACAAUCCCUAACCGGAACACAAAUUCAACCACACCCUCCGCCACAAGACCCUUCCGAAAUCACCGUCUCCGCCGUCUCCAACGUCGCCGGAGUCGAAACAAUUAUUCCUGUAGAGUCCGAACUUACCAAUGUUCCGCCACACACCAAUUCACCGGCCACAAAAAUCCCUCUCCGUCCUCGUAAGAUCCGGAAAGUCUCACCGGACCCGACAACCACCGAUUCUCAAUCGGAAACCCUAAAAUCAACCAAUUCAACCGCCGCUGGAAAAUCUUGCGGACGGAACACCAAAACGGUUCAACCGUUACGAGCACUCGCUGCUCCGAGAAUCGUAGCUAGGUCACUUUCUUGUGAAGGUGAAGUUGAGAUCGCAAUUCGUUACCUUCGUAACGCUGAUCCACUUCUUUCCCCUCUAAUCGACAUUCAUCAACCACCUACCUUCGAUAAUUUCCAUUCCCCAUUCCUUGCCCUAACUCGUAGCAUUUUGUAUCAACAACUCGCGUUUAAAGCCGGAACUUCGAUCUAUACGCGGUUCAUUGCUCUCUGUGGUGGUGAAGCUGGUGUUGUUCCUGAUACUGUUCUUGCUUUAAAUGCACAGCAGCUUCGUCAAAUUGGGGUUUCUGGGAGGAAGGCGAGUUAUCUUCACGAUUUGGCUAGGAAGUAUCAGAAUGGGAUACUCUCUGAUUCUGCCAUUGUAAAUAUGGAUGAUAAGUCGCUUUUCACGAUGCUUACUAUGGUUAAUGGGAUUGGUUCUUGGUCUGUUCAUAUGUUUAUGAUUUUCUCACUUCAUAGACCGGAUGUUCUACCGAUUAAUGAUCUUGGUGUUCGUAAAGGGGUUCAGAUUCUUUAUAAUCUUGAUGAUUUGCCUAGACCGUCUCAGAUGGAGCAAUUGUGUGAGAAGUGGAGACCUUAUCGUUCUGUUGCUUCUUGGUAUAUGUGGAGGUUUGUUGAAGCCAAGGGAACUCCUUCGACUGCUGUGGCUGUUGCUACUGGUGCUGGCUUGCAGCAACACCAGAUGGAGCAGCACCAACAACAACAGCAGCAGCAGCAACAUCCUUCACAACAACAGCUUAUGGAUCCAAUGAAUAGCAUGUUUAAUAUCGGGGCUGCCUGUGCUUGGGGACAGUGAUUGCUGACGAAAUUGAGAAAGUUUUCAUCAGGCUUCACUAGCAGAAAGUUUGAAGUUGCAAAGCCACAUCAUUAUGCAUACUUAUGGAUAGAAGUUAGUACUGAAACACGACAUUUCAUUGAAGGAUUAGUGUAUGAUGAUUACUUUGUGUUUAGUAAAACCUGUGCAAGAUUAAUAAAGGCUAGUCCUUGAUUUUGUUUUAUUAAUCGCCAAUUGUCAUGGUCGGAGGCAAGUCAUCUUUUGGUAGGAAAGGACUGCCUUUGCCUAUUGGUGGUAAUGUGGUUUGGACUUUGGACCUUGUAACUAAUGUAUGAGUCCUUAUUUCACAUCUUGUUGGCAAAUGUGACCCUUUGCGUUAAUUAGAUAGAAUUCCUAUGUCAACAUAAUUGCCGGAUAAUUCUUAUGCUCAACUUUUAGAUUUUGAUUUUAAUUAAUCAUUAA